GCUGCCAACUGAGGUUUUGAGAACUUGCAGAGACACUGCUUGGUCACACACAUGUAGGUCGAUCAAACGGACAAAAACUUUACUUCAACCUUGUUGAAACAGACAUACUGUAAUCGCUGAGGUUCACAGCUUCACUUCUGCUGCAAACUUGGCUUGGAAAAGUCCCAAGAGUAUUUUGUAAAACUUUAUUACUCCAUUAUUCUGGAGAAAAUGGAUGGUACAAAUUAUAGUGAGUCAACAAAUGGCAUUACAGAGGACUAUGGUGAGGUGGAAUAUGUGGAGCCAUGUCAAAUGACAAAAAACAACCGUGUGGAGAGAGUGGUGCGACUCUACAUCCACUCUGUCAUCUGCAUCCUGGGUUUACUGGGCAACAUCCUGGUGAUCGUCACCUACGCCUUCUACAAGAAGGCCAAGUCCAUGACAGACGUCUACCUUCUGAACGUGGCCAUAGCCGACAUGCUGUUUGUGGCGGCUCUGCCCCUGAUCAUCUACAAUGAGCAGAGUGACUGGGCCAUGGGGAUGGUGGCCUGUAAGAUUCUCAGAGGGGCCUACAGCGUCAACCUGUACAGUGGUAUGUUGCUUUUAGCCUGUAUUAGCACCGACCGGUACAUCGCUAUUGUCCAGGCCCGCCGCUCCUUCAGGCUCCGCUCCUUCACUCUCCUCUACAGCCGCAUCAUCUGUGCUACAGUCUGGAGCCUGGCCCUGCUCCUCUCUAUCCCCACCUUUGUCUACUACGAGCGUUAUGUGCCUGCACACAGCUUCUACAAUGUAAGUGAGUAUGUUUUUGAAUACAGCAAUACUAUGACACCCGUUGCUCUGAAGAACCCUAUAUCCUCAGAGUCAGAGGAGGACUCUGUGGUUUGCAACUUCAGGUUCCCGGACAAAGCCACGGCCCGCCAGAUGAAGGUCCUGGUCCCUAGCACCCAGAUAGCGGUGGGCUUCUUCUUGCCUCUGUUGGUCAUGGGCUUCUGCUACGCCAGUGUCAUCUUCACCUUGCUGCGCGUCAAGAACUUCCAGAGACAUAAGGCGGUGCGCGUGGUGCUGGCCGUUGUGGUGGUGUUCAUUGCCUGUCAUCUACCCUAUAACGCCGCCCUGCUCUACGACACGGUCCAUAUGUUCGAGCCCCAGUGGUGCGGGGUGAUGGACAACACCCAAGUGGCCAAGACAGUGACGGAGACGGUGGCCUACCUGCACUGCUGCCUUAACCCAGUGCUGUAUGCCUUCAUUGGGGUGAGGUUCAGGAACCACUUCAAGAAGAUUGUGGAGGAUGUGUGGCGCAUGGGGAAGAGGGUCAUGAACGUCCGACGCUUCUCCAGGGUCAAGUCCGAGAUCUACGUCUCCACCGCCCGCAGGACUGUGGACGGGUCCUCUACCUACAACGCAUCCUCAUUCACCAUGAGAGGAGACCCUGUGUUGGAGACUGCUGUUGCUUAGAACCCUAGCGAAGUCUGUGUUUCAUUUACCCAUGUCUAGUGAAAUUCUACACAUUCCUUGCACAAUCUUCACAAUUUUCUGCCUUCAAAUUAAAUCUGGGAAAGGGAUUAGAUAAGCUUUUUUCCUACUUAUCUACACAACCCAUUCCACAAUUUCAAAGAAAAAGACUAAUUUUAGAACCUAAAAAAAAACAAAAAACACCCCUGAGGUAAUACUUGGUGAAAUCACAUUUGGCAGCCAUUACAGCUGUGAAUCAUUUUGAAUAAGAUUCUACCAACUUUGCACAACUCUAAGUGGAAAAACUCCGAAGUGGGCAAGCGGAGCAAGCAGAGCGAGGUUGGUGGCAAAGGAUGGGACAGGCAAAGCACGGACUAUAUGCCAGCAGGAUAGCACAGAUAGCACACAGAGUAAAACACUCUGUAUUUUUAAGUAUUGUGGUGGCAGCAUCAUGUUACAGGGACUGCAAAGUUUGUCAGGAUCAAAGGAAAUGUGAAAAGAACAAAGCCCAGGUAAGAAGAGGAAACCCCACUGCAGUGUUCUGAAAACCUAACCUUGGGAUAUAGUUUUAAUUUUCAGCUGACAAUUACACAAAUUGUAAUGCCAAAGACACACCAGAAUGGAUUUCCAAGAGGUGAUGAGUUCCUGAGUGGUCCAAUCUCAGACCUGACUUAAAUUGGAAUCAGAGACAGGUUUAAAUGUACAAUGCAGCCAUUUUUAUCUCAAUAUCAAAUAAUUUCUGGGUAACAAUGUGAUUGUUUUCAAUUACAAUUGUCAAAAAGAAACAAAAAUAGCUUCUUAGCAUAGAGACAUUUCUAAAGCAAGUAUUUUUUUAGGACUAUUUGGGAAUGUUCUUAGUGGGAUGAGGAAAACUGAAAACUAGCGGUGAAUCCCAAACCACCACCUCGUCCCUACCAACUCGCUCGGAGGGCCCUCUCUUGUCACGUGUUGCUAACAAACCUCAGUGGAUGACUUCCAGAGAGUGACGAGGAGAGCAAUAAACCCAUCAACUUCAGGACACAUUUGUGACUUAAAUUAUGCAAUACAUGUUCCACUUCAUGUUCCCCCUGUCGUUUUACAAAAUAUAAACCUCAGUAACAGUUAAACAUUUAAUUUAGGAUUAAUUUAAUCUGUUAUAUGUAUCAAGUCUCGAAAUCAGACAUAAACAAAUUCACAUGGCAGACAAUUAGUCACACCUCUCCAUUAUUUUGUAUAACAUUGAACAAACUCCAAACAUAUCGCGGUGUCUGUCAGGAUAGCACUUCGCUCUGAAGCCCCAACAGCCUCAAUCAUUUCUACUCCCUCAGUUUGGGAAACUUGUGCAUAUGGUGGAGGCGUGCGUGAACGCGCAAAUGGAGGGCCGAGGAGGGGCGAGGGGAAGGGAGUCAUUUGGGAUUCAGCCUAGCUCUUAUUGGCAGAAAGGUUUGGAACUCUUUCUUAUUGGUCUAUUAACUAAUUUACCGCCUGGUGAUGUCACCAGGCAGGCCAAAACUCCAACCCAUCAAAACAGGCUGAAAUGUCAGGUCUUUUCAAACAGCUCUAAAAGGGCGUUAUCAUAAUUUUCACAAUUUCACAGUAUUAUUCCAACCUCAGAGUGUGGAAGUAUAUACAGUAUAAAACACAGGAAAUCUAAUUUUUAACUGCACUGGGCCUUUAAAUAUUGCUGUCCAUCACUGAGUUUGUGCAGUUUUGACAAAAAACAAUGUAACAGUAAAUGUUGUCUAAGAGUUGUGCAAAGUUGGUAGAAUUCAAAAUGAUUCACAGCUAUAAUGGGGCGGCAGGUAGGCUAGUGUUUAGAGCAUUGGGCUAGUAACCGAAAGGUUGCCAGCUCAAACACCCAAACUGACAAGGUAAAAAUCUGUCAUUCUGCCCCAAGGCAGUUAAUCCACUGUUCCUAGGCCAUCAUUGUAAAUAAGAAUUUGUUCUUAACUGACUUGCCUAGUUAAAUUUAAAAAAUGGCUGCCAAAGCUGCUUCCACCAAAUAUCAAUGGGGUGUGAAGACAUGUUUUUUAUUCAUUUGGAAAUAUUCAAUCUUUUUUUUUUCACUUUGUAAAUUUAGAGUAGGUUGUCUAGAUCGGUAGGGAAAAAUAUAGAAUAUAAUCAAUGUUUUGAUUUCAUUUUAAGGAAGCAACAUGUUUAGUCUUUCACUAAGCAUCUUUAUUUAAUUAAUACUAUUAGGGAGGAAUAAUCGAUGUAAAAUAAAAUCUUAAUUGAAAUGAUAAUAUUACUGUUCCUUUUUGCUGUUUACUGUUGAAUAUGAAAGAUGUAUCGGUUGUUGCUUUUAUGCAGUUCUGUCUUUGGUUAAUGCACAAUCAUUUUCAUUGACAAAAUAAAUCAAGACUUUUUAUGGCUUAUA